GCGCACCGGGAUUCGCAAUGUCAGUUCAAGAAACGUCAUCUGCUUAUCAUUUGCCUAGACCGUGUGCGAUCCCACUGUGAAAGCGUCCCUCCGCAAUCAGCAGACCGUGUUGCACCGGGAUCAAGUGUUUGCAACGAUCCUUCCCCCCCGGGCUAGGGUUGUAGUCGUUCUGCACGCCGCCAAGAGGGGACCCUGCAGCGAACGCACGUGUUCACGCGUCAACAACGUCGCUAGCGCUGGUGCUUGGUGGUGCCAGGCCAAAGCAUGGUAGUCAAAGAGGACACCGCGGACGCGGAAGGAACGUCGGCAAUACCGAUGAUGGAGGACGACGGGAAGCCCGCCAGCAAACGGGCAAUCAUUGCGCAGGAGAUCAAGUUCGCACGGACACUUGCCGGUAAUGAUGCUACGAUGCGGCGCAGGGUGCUGAAGAAUCUAAAGACCUGGCUAACCACACGCAGCCAGAGCACGUUCGUUUUUAGCGAUUUGGACUUUAUGCGGCUCUGGAAGGGGCUGUUCUAUUGUAUGUGGAUGUCGGACAAGCCGCUGGUGCAGGAGGAGCUGGCCGAGUCGCUCGGUUCGCUGGUGCGGUGCUUUGACCAUGACGUUCCGGUAGCGAUGCAGUUCUUCAAGGCGUUCCUCGUCACCAUGGGCAACGAGUGGUUCGGUAUUGACCGUUGGCGGUUAGACAAGUUCAUGAUGCUGGUCCGACGGGUAACGCGGCAGGCCAUGUUUGCGCUGCACGAAGCCGGCUGGCAGAAGGAGCACGUGGAGCGCUUCAAGCAAACGAUCGACGAAACCAUACUGAACCGCGACGUCGUCUCGUACGGGCUGAUGAACCAUUUCAACGAUCUGUUCCUGAACGAGCUGGCCAAGGUGACGAACGGGGACAUCCCGAAGGAGGCGGUAACGCAGAUACUGGAGGUGUUCGUACAGGCGCUGCUCAAAACGGACGACGGCUCGGUGAGCGCUUCGAUCAAGAAGAACAUCUUCCACGCCCUGAUGCAGCAGUCCGAGCUGGGGCAGGAGUUUCAGGAGAAGUUUGAAAUGUGGAAAAGUCACAACUUUGUCACGGGCAACAUUGAAAAUGUAGAUUUUGUGGUGGAAAACGAGGAGGAGGAGGGUGAAGAAGAUGCGGAUGGUGGAGAAGCAGCAGAGGAAGGUGAAGAGGAAACUCAGCAGUUAGAGGAAGGGGAGGAGGAGCAAACCGAAGCGGACGAAGCAGAGCGAGACGAGGAUGGAGCGGAGGAAGAAAGGGUGCUAGAUCCUCGUGCCGGCCGUGUGAGCGUGGACGUUCCCCAGAUUGAGUUCGAUCCGCAGGAAAUCAUCGAACUGUUCGAAACGUAUCGCUACAAAUCGUUCGUGAAGACGAAGGGCAAGAAGCGGGCGCUGCAGCUGGUGAAGCAGUUCAAAAAGUUCGCCGACGGUGUGUUCCCGAUCGGCGUGAAGCGCAUUCCGAGCAUCAACCCAAAGGACUACCACGUGGACCUUGACGAGCAGGUGAUGGAGCUGGAAAAGUAUCGCUCCGACCUGGUCGGUGAGAAGCGGAAAAGCUUAAAGGAGCUGCGGAAGGAGCGCCGACACGCGAAAAAGCUGCUGCGCGAAAAACAGGAGGCAAAGGCAAAGGCGAAAGCGAAAGCCAAUGCUGCUGCUGAUGGUGAUGAUGAUGAUGAUGAUGAGGAAGGUGAGCAUGCUUCCGGUGAAAAUGGUGAAGCGGCAGAUGAGCAAGACGGUGCACAGGAAGAACAGUCCGAAAACGUUGCAACCCCGGCAACGGAGAAGACUAAGAAAAAGCGACGAGUUAGGCCGACGAAAAUGAACCCAGCGAUGGCACGGAAACAGGCCAAGCUGGAGCUGCUGGAGCGGAAAAGGGAAGAAAAGAUGAAACUGUUGAAGGAGCGGCUGAAGAAGAAAAAGAAUAAAGCUCCGGCCGAUGCAGAAACGGACGCCGUCCCACUGCUCGUGCCAAUCGUGCAACCGGAGGUACCGGCGGAAGUUGCCAGCAGUAAAGCGAAGAAGCUUAAGCCAGCACCUGUACAAACGACGAUCGAGGCGACAGCCGAGAGCGAUGUAACAACACCCACAGCGAGCGGCAAAAAGAAGCAACAGGGCAAGGUCAAACCGACCGCACCAAAACCCGACAGCAAACCGUUCGAAACGAAGGACGAAUGGUCGGAACCGCUGCAGGAGGGCGAGGAGGAGUAUUUCAUACCCGCGCGCAAAAUGACACCGAUUACCGCCAGGCUGGAAAAGCCACCGAAGGCAGCGGCAAAGGUAAACCUUGGCAAGCGGGUUGCGUCCGGAGCCGCGACAGACGAUGGAGAGGAACCGGUUACGCCGGCCAGAAAGCGGGUUAAGAUUGCGCUGAACAAAAACGUCGCCCAGGAUCUGGUGGAGCACAUCAAGCAGGUGAAAAGUUCGCCCCAGCUACCGUUCGACUCGGCCAAAAAGCCUUCCAAGAGCCUGCUCAAGCCGAACCUCAUUCCCAGCCCGAUCAAUCCGUUCUACAAGAAAAAGUUUGGUCUGAAGUAAAAUGCUUCAUACUUACACACACCAGCCUCUCUCUCUCCCUCCCCUGCGUCCCGAGGAUAUCGCUUUUGUCGGGGGUGUCCUAAGGCGCAGCAGAGUGGAGGAGAGUGUACCGACAUGCUUCACACGCUCAUACUACCACAAUUUGUAGAGGGUAACGAUGUGAGUUUCUUUUUUAAAUGCAAUUAAGUGCGCUCUGUAAUGAUGUUCUAGUUGUGUAAAACUGUGCCCCAAUAAAGUCCCGUGCUGUAAAUGUAA